AUGCCUUUCCGCGCCCUAUUCACCGCUGGCCUCGCUGCCUUUGCUCCCCUGGCCUCUGCCUACACAACUCCCAAGGGUGACCCUACUGGCAACGCCAUCUAUGAACCUGGUCUUAACAGCAUCGUUCCUGUCGGCAAGCCUUUCACAAUUACUUGGGAACCUGACACUGAGGGCACGGUUUCUCUUGUUCUUCUCCACGGUCCCUCCACCAACUGUGUACCCAUUCACACCAUUGUCGAGGGCAUCAACAACACUGGCAGCUAUGACUGGACUCCUGACACCAGUCUUGCUCCCAACAAGACAUACUACGGCAUCGAGUUGGUUGUAGACGGCACUGGACAGUACCAAUACUCGACUCAAUUCGGUAUCUCGAACGACGAGUACAAGGGAUCCAGCUCUAGCGCAGGCGCAUCCUCUGCACCUGCUACCACAACUCCCGUUCAGAACAUCAAGGGCCCCGUGUCUGCCCAAGCUGUCAGCGCCUCGGACGCCGUUUCCUCCGCCGCAUCUUCUGUCUCCUCAGCCGUCGCCAGCGCUUCCAGCUCUAUGGCAUCUCAGAUCUCGUCUGCCUCUUCCAGCGUUGCCUCUGGCAUGUCCUCUGCUUCCUCUGCUGUUUCUAGCCACCACAGCUCUGCCUCUGGUGCUGUUUCCAGUGCCAUGAGCUCCAUGAGCACAGCCACCAAGUCUGCCAGCAGCUCCGCUUCUUCAGCCUCCAAGAGCGCUUCCUCCAGCCCCGCUGCUUCUACCGGCGGUGCUGCUGCCAUUAACGCCGGAUUUGGCGGUCUUGCCUUUGCCGCUGGUGUCGUUGCCAUGGUUCUGUAA